AUGGUCGCGUCGAGCAAGGUCAUCAAGGUCGGGCCGUGGGGAGGCCGCGGCGGGAGCCCGUGGGACGACGGCCCGCACCGGGGCGUCCGGAGCAUCACCGUCACGUACAGCCGCUCCCUGGAGUCGAUCAGGGUGGAGUACGUCGACAGCAACGGCCGCUCAGUCCACGGCGAGAAGCACGGCGGCGGGACGGACCGCAGCCUCUCCGUGAAGAUCGACGUGGACUUCCCGUACGAGUUCUUGACGGGCGUCAGCGGAUGCUACCGCGCGGCGCACGCCGGGUCGCCGCCGGUGGUGCGGUCUUUGACGUUCGCGACGAGCCGGGGGACGGUGCACGGGCCGUUCGGGGAAGCGGACGCGGACGGGGUGCCCUUCUCGUACCCGAUGGAGGGGGGCGUGGUGGUCGGGUUCACUGGAAGGAGCGGCUGGCACCUCGACGCGCUGGGCCUCUACGUGGCGGCGCUGCGGCCCGAGACGCUCCGCGACGUGGUCCAGGAGCGCGGCCUCAUGGCGUACCGGUCCUUCAUCUACGCGGAUGCCGGCGGGCCGGCGCGCCAUCACAACAGCAGGAGGCCGUUCGAGUGGUGGACAACAAAAACCAAGAAAAAGCUUCCGCUGCCUAGCGUGUCAAUGGGAAUGCCCCCCUUCCCAAAAAAGUAUGGCAUGACAUCAAUUGGGUAUCACAUUGCACAUGCACAAGACCUAAAAAUAUGUCCAAGAGUUACCCAGUAUAUUCUGGACCGGUUGGCAUCUGUGACAAAAGGGGCUAAGGCUUCAUCAUUAGUCUCGAUGACAUGUCAAAUAGUCUCGUCACAACAAUCAGAGAAAACACGAUCUAUUAUGCCUUCAUCAGCAUCAACCAACACAGGCAUCAGAGUUGUUAAUGUAACUUCCCUUGCUGUGGACCCCAAGUCUGUUUCUGAGAAGGCGCGAGCUUUACAAAAGAUAGCCAAGGCUCUGGUUGAUGAGCUUGAGGGAUUAUUUGUGCCCGUUUCUCAUCGUGAUUUUGUGGGUGGAAAAAGCCCUUGA